AAGUAGACAUGAUGAGAUCAAAGUUUACCCUUUUCCACAUCCAAUCACUUCUUCUUCUUCUACCUCUCACUCUCCUCCCAUCCCACUCCGCCACCUCACCCUUCCUCUUCCUCUCGUCCGAUCUCCCCCUCUCCCUCUCCGUCGCUGACUACGGCGCCACCGCCACUGGCCGCCACUACGACACCGCUGCUAUUCAGUCCGCCAUCGACGAUUGCGCCUCCGCCUUCUCUCUUCAACACCGUCCCUGCCAGGUCAACUUCCCUCCCGGCAAGUACCUGACCGCCACUUUACAUCUGAAAUCCGGCGUCUUACUCAACAUAUCAAGGAAUGCUACCAUCCUCGGGGGGACUAAACUGGAAGACUAUCCCGAGAAGCAGGAGAAAUGGUACGUGGUGGUGGCGGAGAAUGCGGAGGAGGUGGGGAUCACCGGCGGCGGGGAGAUCAACGGGCAGGGGUUGGAGUUUGUGAAGAGAUUCGAUGAGAGGAAGAAUGUGAUGGUGAGCUGGAAUGAGACUGGGGCGUGCUUGGGUGAUGAGUGUAGGCCGCGGUUGGUGGGGUUUAUUGGCUGCAAGAAUGUGAGGAUCUGGGAUGUGAGCUUCAAUCAGCCAGCUUACUGGUGCUUGCACAUUGUCCGGUGUCGGAACACAUCGAUUCAUGACAUUUCAAUCUAUGGGGACUUCAAUACACCUAACAAUGACGGCAUAGAUAUUGAGGAUUCAAACAAUACACUCAUAACAAGAUGCACCAUAGACACGGGAGAUGAUGCUAUAUGUCCCAAGACAUAUACCGGUCCCAUAUACAAUCUUACUGCAACCAGCUGCUGGAUUAAAACAAAGUCUUCAGCAAUCAAAUUUGGGAGUGCUAGUUGGUAUGCUUUCAAAGGGUUGCUAUUCGAUAAUAUAACCAUUGUUGAAUCUCAUAGAGGACUCGGGUUGCAAAUACGAGAUGGAGGGAAUGUUAGUGACAUUACCUUUUCGAACAUUAAUAUCAGCACGAGAUACUAUGAUCCAUCAUGGUGGGGUAGAGCGGAACCGAUUUAUAUCACAACCUGCCCAAGAGACAACAACUCCACAGCUGGUUCCAUCUCCAAUCUGCAAUUCAUAAACAUCACAGCUACUUCUGAAAAUGGUGUGUUCUUAUCAGGAUCAAAAGGUGGAGUUCUGAGGAAUUUGAAGUUUCUCAAUGUGAACCUUACCUACAAAAGAUGGACAAACUACGUGGACGGACUCGUGGACUACAGACCAGGGUGCCAAGGGCUUGUGAAUCACAGCACAGCCGGAUUCAUGAUGGAGCACAUUGAUGGCUUGGAGGUUGAAAACGUGAACAUGAGAUGGGCUGAGGAGAAGACGCAGCUGUGGAAUAACCCUCUCGAUUUUCGGCCUUCGACUGUGAACAAUAUUUCAUUGCUGAAUUUCCAUUCUGGACUGUACAAACAAUGAUGAUUGGAAUAAGGAUGUCUGAGUCGAGCGUUGUCUGAAUCUGACUUAAACAUGUCAUGUAAUGAGAAGUCAUAACCCUCAGGAGCUCAUGUCUCAGAGCCAAAAUGUGGAGAAAUCAUGAUUUGCUUGGAUCCAAAAGUUCUGUAAUCCCAUUUCUAAAAUACAGUGAAUGUUAUCAAUAAAAGCAAUUUCGAAUUUUCUAUUUAUA